AUGUUGGAACAAACGGUAGAAGAAAGCGUCGUAACGGUUGCUCGUCUUUUGGAAAGUGCGGCAACGAACGCCAUUUCGUGCGCACUGGGCGCCCGCUCCUGUGCGGUCGGCAAGAAACACUUGAAAGGAGCCGCUGAGAAGCAAAAGGAGAGCUUUGCUACGCGCCCGCCACCCGAGGCUUUGGCUCUCUGGGUACCACAAUUCCAAUCCCCACUUUGUCUGUUCUUGGUGUCUGUCGUGAUUGCCUUCCGCAUCCAAAGGAAGUCCUCGGUCUAG